AUGAGCCAUCUCGUGGCUGGGAAUUUGAUCAAUAGCAUAGGAUUCAACUAUGAUCGGAGCCUCGAGGGUCUCGUAGAGGUGUACGAACGCGAAGUCGAGGUGGUAGAGAAGCUCAGCAUCCCAUCCAAAUGGCGGAAGCCAAAGUCCAGCGAGGGUCUGGAGGGCAUCAAUGCGCGUUCGCUUCUAAACGCCCGAGAAGAAGCACUUUUUAAUGCUCUCGAAGAACGCCAGUCCUGCAAUACUGGAUACUGGUACUGUGCCAGCUUUGGGAGGUGCUGCCCAAGAACCACAAACUGCUGCUCGGCAGGCUAUUGUAUCGAACCCAACGACGUCUGCUGUCCCAAGGGCCCUUGCGAUCCCGGUGAAGGCUGUUGCGGCUCAAGCCACUGCUAUCCACUCGGCGGCCAAUGCUGCUCUGAUGAAAGUUUCUGCUCGCCAGGGAAUAAGUGCUAUAUUAACCCUACACAAGGGCGCGUAUGCUGCACCGAUGAAAAGUGCACGGCUCACGUCGAUGACAACGGGAGCACACGUUAUGCCACCACGACCACGACCACCCAGCCCGUCACCACGACCCUGACUCAGACAUACACAUGGACAGUGACCUACUGGUACUGGUACUAUUACUGGACUGUCUCCGUGCAGAUUGAUGCUUCAAUUGUGACAUCAAGUCGGCGAACCACGACCACCUUAUUCGUCGUCGCGACGACAGAUGCUGCUGCUGCUUCCGAGUAUUUUAGCAAUCUGUCAAAGACCGUAGUUCUCUCCACGCCAGCCGAGGCAACGAGCCUCGAGACAUUGGCCGGACAAACUUCGUUUGCCAGAGCACCCCCAUCUUCCACUAGCAGCCAGCCAAGGGAAACAGAGACUUCCUCGGAGAGCUCCCCAGAGCCAACAACCCGCGCAACGGCAUCGUCGUCCUCUGAGUCGAGCGAGUCAAGCGAAUCGAGCGAUACUGAGACCUCAUCAACAGAGGAUGGAACAUCCAAUACAGAAUCAUCUACGUCGGAGAGCUCUUCCACUCAGUCCGAGACGACCUCGAGCUCCGCUUCUCCCACUGGAGGCUCGAGUGCCGCACAUGCUCUAUACUCGAAUAUGGACGCUUUCACCAUCUGGUUCUUAACCUUUGGGGCUGGGGUUGGUCUUGUUGCCGUUAUGCUUUAA